AUAUGAUCAUACAUAAAGGAAAUAAAAUUCAGAUUGAUAAUCAUGAGGAUGAUUUAAAAUCAGAAGUCUUUUAAAUUUGCUAAGAUCACAAAGCCUUUUUUCGAACAUUCUGCGCAUUUUGCAAUCCUUAAAAGGAUCCAGAAGAAUUCUAUUGCCAAAGCAGCUAAGAGAAGCCUGUCAAUUACUUUGUAAUGGAUGUUGAAGAAGCAUCAUAUUUUGAUAAACAAUACUUCAAUGCAGGUAUAUCCAGUUACGAUCAACUCAUACAUAAGGAUACUAUAGCGGAGCUGUAAAAAAACAAAUCAAAUGAUCCUAAAGACAUUGCAAUUUAAUUAGAGAUGUAUACAAAAUAAGAUGUGACGCGAUUAAUUGAUAAAGCUGUCCAAGACAAAUGGUAAGAAUAGCAAGAAUUCGUUGUCAACGUUGACUUUUGGGAAAUAAGCAAAACCUAGACCUUCAUAAAUAGAGCCGAGUAAAUUUUAGAAGAUUUAAAUCUUUAAAAUUCUAUUAUCAUUUAUCCAGCCAAGAAAUCCAUUUUAAUUAAAGCUUCUGAAUCAUAUUAGCAAUAAACAUCUAAAUUUUUGGCUUCCUAUUAAAUCAUAGAUAAGCAGGCUGGUUUAAUAAAAGCAGAAACAGCCUAAAUUGCUAAAAAAGGCCGCCUUCCUGAUUAUGAUGAUCAAAAAGCCUAGUAUAAAAGAAUUUUGAAUAUAUUGCUAAAGCCGACGUAAUAAUUCCCAUUCCCUGGUGAAAUUGUAUACUUUGUGGAUUAAUACAAAGACAUAUUACCCACAGCUUAAAAGUUUGGUAAAUAAUAAACUCCUUUAAAUAUCUAUUGCAGUCCAAAAGAUGUUAAUAAGUAUUAUAAUACGGCAGGGGUGACAGGAGGUAAGGUGCAUGAAUACAAUUCUAAAGAGAAGAGACAAAUAAAACUUAAAUUCAGAGCAAUCAUAUCAAAUAAUUAUAUAUUUACAGAAACAUAAUCGGAUAGAUUCGAAAAGUUCUUUACAGAAAUAAACUUUCCAUUUGACUUGGAAUAUGAGUUAAGAGACCCAAGAUAUAACGAUGCUAAUGGUUGCUUACAGGUAAUUAUGCAAGACGAAAAUGGUUGUUUUAUUGAACAAAAAAUCCUUGAAAUGGGCUCCGAUAACGAUCUGCAUGAACCAAGCGUAUCAUUUAGUCAAGAAACAUUGAAUUUAACAGAUUUACCAAAAGAAUGA